AAAAAGGGUCACUCACCACCGGCCAAACGCGCGUUUGUUUUUCUCCACCGCUCGGAUGCCGCGAAUUUUCCGUAAUCGCUUGUAAAAUUUGUAAAUAAAAGUGCUAUUUUUCGCUUACCUCGGCAGGUUUAGUGCGUGGUUCGCGCGGGGCCACUGCUAGUGUGUGCACCGCUUUUGUUUUUUCGCGCGGAACCUGGAAGUGCCCGGGAAGAGGUGCUCGUAAUGCAGCGUAACAAAAUCUUCGUGGGCAGUUUGCCGCCCGGAACGAAGCCGGAGGAAAUCCGGGCCAUGUUCGAGAACUACGGCGUCGUGACGGAGUGUGACGUCAUGAACCGGUGCGCCUUUGUCCACAUGCAGAGCUCGGACAUGGCCGAGAAUGCGAUCGCGGCUCUGCACAACUCGGCCUUCAAGGGGGCGACCAUCAAUGUGGAACACGGAAGAAGCAAAAACCCGGGUGACGGAGGGGGCAGGGGAGGAGGAGGUGGGGGAGGGUUCAGGGGCGGCCCGCGAGGGGCCGGAGGUGGUGGUGGUGGUCGCGGUGGUUUCCGACAAGAUGGCCAAGAACGAUCUGGCGGCGGUGGUCCAAUGAGAAAUAACCGAGGCGGCUUCCGGAAUCAACCUUACGGCGGCGGUGGAGGCGGCCGUGGCGGAUAUGAAGGUGGCCAAGGAGGUGGCUAUCGGGGCGGAUUCAACCGCGGAGGAGGAGGAGGAGGCGGCGGAGGGGACAACUAUCGGAACAGUGGAAGCAGAUUCUCGCACUCCAGUCCUGGCCAGUUCAACAGCGAAGAUCGUCGUGGAUUCGCGCUGCCAAACGAAGGUGGUGGAGCGGGACGGUACGGUGGAGGUGGAGCGGGAGGUGGACCGCCGGCCCGGGGCAACAGCGGAUUGGCCAUCAGUGCUCAGAACGAUCCGUACGCUCGCCGCGUGCCGGCACCUGCUGCGGGAGGAGGACCGGGAUAUGGCGGCCGUGGCGGUUACAAUCAAGGAAACGGAACCGGCAACUUCCACUCAUCGAACUACAACCAAUCCUUUCCUCCGCUGGGAAGUGAACCUCCUCGGGUAAACCGCGGACCACCGCCCCAACAUCAGCAACGGUGGGCACAGUAGAAGGAGAAGGGUCAGCCCCUUCCAACAACUUGGAAUCAUGUUCGUAGAGUAAAUUAAAAUGUGUUUUCUUUUUUUGUAUCUUACCAUAUUUUAUCACCGAUCAUUGAGCAUCUCACGAGAGACACACACACACACUGUUUCAAAUAGAAACAAACAAAACCGGAACCACCAAAAGCCCUCCCAUACGAGAGAAUCAUUUACAAAUAGUAUUUAAGAUUUUUUUUUUUUUUGUUGCGAUGUGCGUGCUUUGACAAAAAAAAAUCAAUCUUAAGCACGCACAGACGCAAUUUUACUAUUGUAAUUUUCCUUUAUAAUGUUGCAAAUAAAUUACAAAAGUUUUUGUGCAAAUGUUUCAUACACAUUGCGCAAUCUUUGAACGUUUUCAUAGCUCUACAGCGAAACAGGACGAAGCUGGCGCGAUUGUCAAAUUGAUUGAUUGAUUGAGCAAUAGUUGUAGGAAAAAUGUAGAUUUUAUAAGGUUUUUUUUUCUCAGCCCAUUCAAACCAACAAUAGCAGACAAACAAACA